GAAAACAGAACCAUUUCCUGCCACCAUCCCCACCAAAACCCUAACUCAUUCUUCAACGCUGAAAACCCUCCAUCCGAGGUCCGGUGGCACAUUUUCACGUCGGCCGGGAAGGGAAAGCUGAACGAAGCGACCCGAACGUUGGUGGAAUGGUCGAGUUUGCUAGCAUGAGUGCAGAGCCACUGACCGUGAGGUGUGAGCUGAGCCGCUGCCAUUUUCUGUUUUUGGUUUGCUCCGGCAAAAAUCUGCUAUUGUAAGAGUUCAAGAAAUGGGUGCUUUAUAGGUUAGUCUGCGAAUUCAAGGUUGGAGGACUGUUUAAAACCGGAAAAUGAGUGUAAUUUUAAGAUUAAGACAUUAUUUACCGAAUGGGAUCUGCCACAGAUCCAUAAUUACCCCUGGGAUAGCGUUGGAUUCUAUCAACUUUAGUGGAAUAUUUCGAAAACUAACCCAACCGGCAAGGAAAGAGGAGGAUGACGAGGAAGAAGUUGAGAUAGACCAAAGGAGGCUGCCAGCUGAUUAUGAUCCAGAAAAUUUUGAUCCCACAGAACAUCGAAGUCCUCCAACUGAGCGGGUUUUUAGGCUUGUAGAUGAAAUAUCAGGACUCACUUUGGCUGAAGUUGCUGAGUUGUCUUCAAUAUUGAUGAAGAAAAUGGGUAUGAAUGAAGCACCAGUUGUGGGGGUCAUGAGACCGGGAGCUGCUGGAUUGGCAGGAAUGGCAAUGAAGACAACAGCAUCAGCAAAGGAAGAGAAGAAACCAGAAAAAACGGUUUUUGAAUUAAAAUUGGAAUCAUAUGAGGCAGCUUCAAAGAUCAAAAUAAUCAAGGAGGUCAGGACUUUUACUGAUUUGGGUCUCAAGGAAGCAAAGGAUUUAGUUGAGAAGACCCCAUCACUGAUUAAAACAGGAGUGUCAAAGGAAGAAGGUGAGCAAAUAAUGGAGAAGAUGAAAGCUAUUGGGGCAAAAGUUGUAAUGGAAUGAAAAAGACAGAAGUAUUGGGUGUUUGUUUUCUGCCAACUUUUUUCUGAAUCUAGUUUGUCAUUUGAAGACAGUUCUUGUUUUUUUCUCCAAAUUAUUUUCACUGAAAUGCAAUCACAUUUAUUCUGAA